CAGGUGGCUUUUCUGAUAUGAGAUAGAGAUUUUGGAUGGUUCUUUAGCAAUCACAUCGAGACAAUUUGCACUUAUGUCUUUAGGAGGCAGAAGAGACAACAUGAAGAAUUCAGUGACCUACAAUGAUGUGCUUGUGGAAUUCAGCCAAGAAGAGUGGGCUUUGCUGGAACCUUCCCAGAAGCAACUCUACAAAAAUGUGAUGCUAGAGACUUACAACAAUCUCACUGCUAUAGGCUACAACUGGGAAGACCAUGAUAUUGAAGAACAUUUUCAAAGUUCUACAAGUAAUAGGAGCCAUGGCUAUCUUAGACUUACUUGGUGGACCAACCUGACCUCAAAAUCACACUUAUGUGCCUGCUUCUGCCUCCACGAGUGCUUGGAUUAAAGGCAUGUACCAGCACACCUGGCUGUGUCCUAGAAGUUUUAAAGAAAAGUAACAGUGUAAAAACAGCACUGCUUUAUGUGUACUGAUGAUCAUAAAAAUCUCACAAUUCCUUGUACUUCAAUGUCAGGUAUCUGGUUUGUGUUUGCAAGGCACUAUCCUAAGAAAGAAGACAAUAAAAUAAUGCUGUAACAGAUAAUAUCAUUUGAAUCAUAUGGACAUUACAGCUACUCAGUUGAACUUCAAACUCUGUUUAGUCUCAGUCUAUGUACUCAGAUAUUUUAAGAGGUAUACAAAUUGAAUAGGUGAUCAGUACAUUGCUAAAACCUUCUAAUAAGCAAACAUUUCAUAGUACAAAUAGUGUUACUCAUAUUCUUGAAGUAACAUUGUAAAGUUUAGUGAAAGGAGCAGCUUAUGAGAGUCAAGAAUAUUGUUGUGAAGAAAUCUUAAUCAAUAUAUCACAUGUCUAUGAUGAACAAAAUUCAAACUGUGUUAAUUCAAUAUGGAAAUCUCUUAUUAUUCUUUUAAUUUAAAUAUGUAUAUCAUAUGUCACAAUGGUUCCAAGCCAAAUGAGCAUAGGGAUAUUGAAAGAAACAAUCUACCUCUCCUUCUCCAACAACAACUAGAAGUUUUGUAGUAGUUUCCACUGUGAGUAGAUUUUUCUGAAUGUGAUACAAUAUAACUGUUAAUUGGUUUUGCAAUUUCAGUGAGAAUGCACCAGCAAACUCACACUGCAGAAAAUACUUAUGAAUACUAGGAAUUUGAAAAUUUUUCUGCUUGUCCUGGUUCACUUUGCAAAUUAAGUAUCAUUCAUACUGUACAAAAAUUUUGAACGUGAUUGCUGUCGUAAAGCUCUGAGUUCUUACAAUAUUCUUCAUAAGUACAAAAAAAACAACCUUAUAGAGAAAUGAUGCUAUGAAAGUGAUCCAUGUAAC